CUCCCCUCUUUCUCCUCCUCAAACUCUAUGCAAAGAGAGUUUCAUAAAGGAGACUACUUUAUUUACCUUUUUCAUGAUGCACGCAUCCAUGGCAGAGACCCUCCUGACUACUUACUACUACUGCUAAUACACACAAAGGGUAGAAAAGAAAAAUACAUAUUACAAGAAAAACCAGAGCCAAGAAAGAAAGACAGAGAGUGAGAGAGAGAAAGAAAGAAAUGGAGUUGAAAUGAGUUGAUUCAGGCAAGUAUGGCAUGCGAGGAACGAUGGAAAAAUCCUCAAAACCCACUUCAGUUAGCUAAGAAAGUUUGAAUCUUUGGUGGGUUUGGUCGGAAAGAGAGGAAAAGGGGUAUCAGAAAUUGGAGGGUUUUGUUUCGAUUUGGAAAGAAAGAAUCGAAGAAGAAGAAGAAACCCCACUUAUGAUUUUCACAUGAGAAGAAGCCCGAGCCCUCCCACAUCGGCGGCAUCGACUCUCUCUUCGUCUUUCGGUGGUGGGGGAGGUGGCGAUACAGACAACAACAACAACAACAACAACACGGGAGGUGUGGCGCACGUUCUUCCGCCUGAGUCUGCUACUUCCGGCAAAGACGAGUGGAUUCAAGCUGGGGUUGGGGUUGAGGUUGGGGGGUCAGUUUUGGGCGAAAGAUGUGGGCUUGUUGUUGGGUUAGAGGAUUGGGAGAACAUGUUGUCAGAAACAGCGGGAGGAGUGGUGGCCGGAGAUUCUCCACCAUCGGGAGGAGGACAAGACCACUCACUUCUCAGGUGGAUCGCUGGGGAUAUGGAAGACCCUUCUUCUUUUGGACUCAAACAACUUCUUGAGUUUGAUGGCAAUGCCGGUGUUGGCUUGGGAAUCGUUGAUCAAGGUCCGGGCUUUGACCAUCUUAUGGCUGGGAUUAAUCCAAGUUUGGGUUUUUCUGGUUCUGUGUUUGUAAACAAUGACUGCAACAAUGUUGGUAGUGAGAAGAUUGGUUCAAUUGGUAUACAAAACCCCAUUUACUCAAAUUCUGGGAUUCAUAAUAAUAGUCUUCCUCUUCCUGUUUCUUUGCCUCAUGGAAUGAUUUAUUCAGAUGAGAAGCCACAGAUUUUGAAUCCACAAACGUUAAUAAACCAACAACAUCAUCAGCAGCAGCAGCAACAACAGGCCAGUACUACUCAGUUCUACACUCAAAAUCCAAACUUUUUUCAACCAUUAGAACAACAGCUUCAUCAACAUCAUCAUCAUCCCCAACCCAAGCGCCACAACUCUGGCAGUGCAGACCCAACAUCUCAGAUCCCAGGUAACGAGUUUCUACUAAGGAAGCAACAACAACAACAACAACUGGGUUAUCCUCAGUUUCUUCCUCAGCAGAAGCCAUUGAUGCAGAAAGUGGUGCUCGAAAACAACAACCAGCAACAGCAACAGCAACAGCAGCAGCUUCAACAACAUCAACAUGCUUUGCUGGACCAGCUCUAUAAGGCCGCCGAGUUAAUAGGGACUGGGAAUUUCACACACGCGCAAGGGAUAUUGGCGCGGCUCAAUCACCAGCUCUCUCCUGUUGGAAAGCCCCUUCAUAGGGCUGCUUUCUACUUCAAGGAGGCACUGAAUUUGCUCAUCUUGAACAACAACAACAACAAUAACACUAUUCCUCCUAAGUGUCCAUCACCUUUUGAUGUCAUUUUCAAGAUGGGAGCUUACAAAGUUUUCUCUGAAAUUUCACCUUUAAUACAGUUUGUCAACUUCACUUCCAACCAAGCUCUCCUUGAGGCCUUAGACAGUGCUGAUCGGAUUCACAUUGUCGAUUUCGAUAUAGGUUUUGGUGCUCAAUGGGCUUCUUUUAUGCAGGAGCUUCCUGUUAGGAACAGAGGACCUCCUUCAUUGAAAAUCACUGCAUUUGCUUCGCCCUCAACGCACCACCCGGUCGAGCUAGCGCUAAUGCGCGACAAUCUAGCUCAAUUCGCCAACGAGAUUGGUGUUGCUUUCGAGCUCGAAGUUGUUAACUUUGAUUCACUAGAACAAACCUCUUACUCAAUGCCAUUUUUUCGAGACCAGGGCGAGGUUGUUGCUGUGAACUUUCCCAUUUGGUCUGCCUCAAACCAACCAGCAGCAUUGCCUAAUCUCCUCCGUUUUGUUAAACAACUUUCCCCGAAAAUUGUAGUGUCAUUGGACCGAGGCUGCGAUAGGAGCGAUCUUCCAUUCCCACAACACAUCCUGCAAGCCCUCCAUUCCUACAUUAACCUAUUGGAGUCAUUGGAUGCUGUUAAUGUGGCUUCAGAUGCAGUUAACAAGAUUGAAAAGUUCUUACUUCAACCGAAAAUCGAGAGCUCAGUGCUCGGGCGCCUUAGAGCCCCGGACAAAAUGCCCCUUUGGAAGACGCUAUUCGCCUCAGCUGGCUACACACCCGUGACAUUUAGUAACUUCACCGAAACACAGGCCGAAUGUGUAGUGAAAAGAACUCCUGUGAGGGGAUUUCAUGUGGAUAAGCGCCAAGCUUCGCUUUCUCUUUACUGGCAGCGUAGGGAAUUGAUCUCGGUUUCGGCUUGGAGAUGCUGAUGAAACAAGAUUUAUUAUUACCAAUUGGAAUGAUGAACAGAGUUGCAAACACCAGAGAGGUUCCAAACUUAUUCUACUCUUGAUAUUUAAGUCAAAAUAAAUUGUUUUUAAGGAAAAUGAAAACUCUGUUCUUCGCAACCUUUGUUAUGACAUCUUCAAUCUUUGUGAAAAUUGUCAUGAUUAUUAUUAUUAUUAUCAUCAUCUGUCUAUCUAUUUAUUAUCUUCAA